UUUAUCAUGUAUACAAUUGUGAUAAAAAUUGUGACUUAGAAGCUAAAAGUUUUUGCUCCAUUUUUAAGCCUUGCCCAUCCUCUUAUACAUUGAUCCAUCUAUAUAAAUCUCACAUAUCUCAAGUACAAAACAACUAUUCUAUUUUUUGUUUAGAAUAUUCAAAACCCAUAUCAAUUAUCAAAUAAUCAUGUUGAAGCACCAGCAAAGCCAAUUUGUUAUAGUCACAUAUCCUGCACAAGGCCAUAUAAACCCUGCCUUCCAAUUCGCAGAGCGCCUCAUUCGCUUGGGAGUGCAUGUCACCUUCUUCACCACUGUUGGCGCCCACCAUCGAGGCAUGAUCAAAAGCCCUCCUCUUGUCGGCUUGUCGUUCGCCACCUUUUCUGACGGCUAUGAUGACGGACUUGUACCUAUGGAAGAUGCCCAAAAACGAGGGGAUCAGCUCAAGCGCAAUGGCUCCAAAGCUCUCAUUGACCUCAUUGUCUCCGACGCCAAUAAACAGUGCAUAGUCUACACAACGUUUCUACCUUGGGUUGCUGACGUGGCUCGUGAGCUUCAUCUUCCUUCCGCCCUUCCUUGGAUUCAGCCUGCAAUGGUUUUUGACAUAUAUUACUAUUACUACAAUGGUUUUGCCGAUGUUAUUGGGAACGACAGCGAUGACCGGCCCUCCUGUUCGAUACAGUUACCAGUUGGACCGCUAGUUCCAUAUGCUAUUUUGGAUGGAAGAGAUCCGUCUAAUGGCUCAACUCGAAGUCCAAAUUGAUGAGGUGCAACUUCGUCAGUCUCAGUAGGCAGAUGGAACUCCUCGUCGAUGCCUGGUCCUCUUA